ACACACACACACACCAGCUGAUCGUCCACGUGAUUUACUCUCGACUCCAUUCACGCAAGAUGGAGCUAUCAGAGUCGGUUCAGAAAGGACUGCAGUCUGCAGCAGACCCGUCUCUCUUCGACCUGAGGAGCUUCACGGUGCUGACAGACGUUACGUUCCGCAGCCUGCUCUCCGCCCAUGCGGAUCCCGGGGUUCUAGCUGAUCCUGGUCUGGAGAACAUUGACCGGGUUCUUGUAAAACGGUGUCACGCCGCUGCAGCCACUUGCAUACUUGAAAUGGUCAAACAAAACGCAGACAAAUCAACAAUAAGUUCAUGCCUUGAAGAUUUAACAUUUGACGCAGAGAGAAUAGAGAUAUUCUGGAAGUCGUACCAGAAUAAUAAAGAAGAACUGGAAGGUGUACUGACAAGCAUAGGGAGUCAACUUCCCCACAUCAACGACGUGUCGUGGCGAUUGCAGUACCACAUGAAGAACGGCCACGUCCAUAAAGUGAACGAGCCAUUCUACCUCCUUUCCUUGAACGUGGAGAACUCUGGCCUCGAGGGAUCUGCGAAGGAUAUUAACUUUAGCUGUACGGUAGAGCAGCUACAGGAUCUGGUGGGGAAAAUGAAGGACGCAGCAAAGAGUUUGGAGAAGGCGACUCAAAUAUCGCCUUCUAACUUUCAUUGUCUAUUCGGCUCCGAUCUCACGGAUUAUCCCAUCGAGCCACCGGGUCUGUUUGGGUAUUUUGCCAUGCAUCGAACCACCAGAAUAAAGAUCACGGAGCUGAACCCACACCUCAUGUGCGUCCUGUGCGGGGGAUAUUUCAUCGACGCGACCACCAUCAUCGAAUGCCUGCAUUCAUUCUGCAAGAUGUGUAUUGUGCGGUACCUGGAGACCAGCAAAUAUUGUCCAAUCUGUGAUGUGCAAGUGCACAAAACCAAGCCUCUUCUCAACAUUAGGUCUGACAAAACGCUGCAGGACAUUGUCUAUAAGCUGGUUCCAGGCCUCUUCAAAAAUGAGAUGAAGAGGAGGAGAGACUUCUAUGCAGCACACCCCUCUGUAGAUGCUACGAAUGGAUCGAACGAGGACCGCGGAGAGGUGGCCGACGAAGACAAGCGCAUCAUCACAGACGAUGAGAUCAUCAGUCUCUCCAUUGAGUUCUUUGACCAGAACAGGGUUAAACUCGGUGUUGUCCCAGAUGACAAGCCCACUAAAGACCAGGCGGCAAACAAGAGGUACCUUCAGUGUCCAGCAGCCAUGACAGUCAUGCACUUAAGGAAGUUCCUGCGCAGUAAAAUGGAUAUCCCCAACACCUACCAGGUUGAAGUCAUGUAUGAAGAUGAACCACUAAAAGAUUACUACACACUAAUGGAUAUAGCCUAUAUCUACACUUGGAGACGGAAUGGCCCGUUACCUUUGAAAUAUCGAGUCAGACCCAACUGCAAGAAGAUGAAGCUGAGUCCAACACAACCAGAGGCCCCAAACAGCACCGGCCGAUCUGGCCCGGAAAGCGACUUUGCGAGCGACAAAGCCAGCAGUCCAGCCGGCGUCCCCUCCACGUCUUCGUCGUUGCCGAGCCCGAGUACGCCUGCGCAGUCGCCGCACCCACAGUUCACCCCCAGCGCUCCCAACAACCAGAACGGCGCUCCCAGUUUAACCCCCCUCGCCCAGAGUCGGCCGUACCCAUUCAGCAUCAAAUCACGGAAAAUGUCUGUCAACGGAUCGUCCGCCUCCUCUGGAUGACCUCGCGUAAUGACGCAGGCUUUUCGCAGCCCACGAAAGACGCGCUCCUCUGAAGUUUUCACGCCAGUGUAGUUCCAUCGUGUAGUCUCUCUUACGUCACUCUUGCCGUCUCAAAGGGCCGUUGUUGUUCGACAUACUCUAAAGAGGGAUGGAAGUUUAACGUAGUAGAAAAUGAAACAUUUGGCCUGUUCCUUUUUUUUUUUUAUGGCGAUUAUCCAUGGGAAAUGUUUUGUGUCAAAGUGUAGACAGAAAAACUGCAUUUAACCUGUAGGCCUACCUAUUCCCCAUAAGCUACGUUUUAUUUUACGGAUGUGACUGAUGGUU